CCACAGUUGAACGAUCUUGCAGGAGAUGGUCAUCAUGAAAUGGUCAUGACAAAACGGUCAUUACGAAAUAAUCAUUACGAAACAGUCAUUACGAAACGGCAUUCGUGGGAAUGUAGCUUGAAUUGGUCGUAAUUACAUGCAUAUGAUCUUCUUCUUCAACAACUGAUGAAUAAAUAAUGAAAGGAUGGACUGUGACUGACAAGGUCUGGACUUGUACGACUAAAAAGAUAUAAAAAACCGAGGGAGGUAUUGUACUUAUGACGUGUUCAUCAACACCUUUUAUCAUGCAGUGUCCCCAGUGCAAUGCCGAGUUCUCCAGUGAGAGCAGCUUACGGGGCCAUAUGAGGCGUAAGCACAGGACCAAUCGAAUUUCCUUGCCUUUGUUGACCGUUCCACCUUUGCAAUCAUCACCCUCAUCUUCAAUUAUACCCACGAAUGAAUCGUCCAAUGAACCAUCGUUUUCUGUUUCGGUGGAGAACGAGUCGUCUUCACCAUUGUCAUCGGAAAGGCCACGGUCAAUGUCACCAACGGUCGAUGUCCAGUCGACCACCCCGCCAUCGCCAGUAUCUCGGGCGUCUUUGUCGCCUACCCCUCCGUCGCCAGCACCAAGGGCGUCUUUGUCGCCUACCCCUCCGUCGCCAGCACCAAGGGCGUCUUUGUCACCCAGCCCCCCACCGGCAGAGUUCAGCAUUCGUCCUCCACGUUGCUUGACCUGUGAAAUGAAUUUUCGGAGGCCUUCAGGAAUGUAUCAGCAUAUGAGAUACAUUCACCAUUUACCUGUGAGGCCAACGAUCGGGAGACCGUUUUUGGGAGGUCCGGCUGUCACGGCGCGACGUUAUGUGCAAAGAAGGAAUGAGCGUUUUGCACGUCAUGUUCAACAACAGGAGGAAAGAAGGCAACGACGCGAGGCACAACGUCGACAGCAUCUUGAGGAGGAACAACAAGAUGAACAGAGAGAAUAAACCUUUUUGUCAUUUUUUUUGUUUUUAUUUGUUACCGGCAAAAGAAUUCUGAAAAAAGAAGAAGAGGGGGGAGGGGGACAUUGUACUGCAUAUGCAAAAAAAAUAAAAAAAAAUAAAUAAA